GGGGGCGUGUCUCCGGGCGCCUUCGCGCGUCGUUACCGCAGAAACGCGGGAAGUUGGCCCGCGCGCUCCUGCCCCGCGGCUGUGGUUGUGUGGUGGUGUGCGAGAGCCGCAGCGGAACCCGAGGGAGACCCUGUCUCGGGCUCGGCGCCAUGGAGGUGGUGGAGGCCGCCGCCGCUCAGCUGCAAACUCUGAAAUUCAGCGGCCCCGGCCCUGGGGGUGGCGGGGGUCCGGCGCCGCAGACGCCGGUGCAGGCGGACGCGGGGUCCCCGGACACCGGGCAGACGGCGGAGGCUCCUGUAGGCGGGGAGCAGCCGCCGCCGCCUGCGCUGAGCGCCGUGGCGGGCGGGAGCCCCGAGCCGCCGCCCUGCGGGGCCCCGGGCGCUGCGGAGGAAGCGCGGCCCCCCAGUGCUCUGGGGACCUCGGACUCGGACUCGGACUCGGACAGUGAGACAGAUUCAGACAGUUCAAGCUCUUCCUCUUCAUCAUCGUCAUCUUCCUCCUCCUCCUCAUCGUCUCGUUUAUCAUUUCCUCCAGUGCUGUCAGAUGGAGAAGAUGAUUUACAAGUUGAGAAGGAAAGUAAGAAUUUUCCUCUUAAAACAAAAGAUGAGUUACUUCUUAAUGAACUGCCUUCUGUUGAAGAACUCACUAUUAUUCUGCCAGAAGAUAUUGAAUUAAAGCCUCUUGGAAUGGUUUCAAGCAUUAUUGAACAACUAGUAAUAAUUGAAUCUAUGAGUAACUUACCUCCAGUUAAUGAAGAGACUGUAAUUUUUAAAAGUGAUCGACAAGCAGCAGGAAAGAUAUUUGAGAUAUUUGGACCUGUUGCACAUCCAUUUUAUGUUUUAAGAUUUAAUUCAUCAGACCACAUUGAAAGUAAAGGUAUUAAAAUAAAGGAGACUAUGUAUUUUGCUCCAUCAAUGAAAGACUUCACCCAAUAUAUAUUUACAGAGAAACUUAAACAGGAUAGGGGGUCAGACGCGUCGUGGAAGAAUGACCAGGAACCACCACCAGAUGCCUUAGAUUUCAGUGAUGAUGAGAAAGAAAAAGAAGCCAAACAGCGAAAAAAAUCUCAGAUUCAAGGCCGGAAAAGACCCAAAUCAGAAUUUAAUGAAGCAGGUGAUGAUUUUGCGGAAGUACAUCAGAAUUGGAAUGCUGACAGCUCGGCUUCAGAGCACGCAAAAGGAUUUCGCACCAGGGAAUUCACACGAGGAUUCUCCAGGGGUCGAUAUCCCCGACCUUGCCACGGCAGGCCGCCACCUCAGCAGUUUUAUAACGCAGAACAGGAGACUUCAGGAUAUCCAGCUCAGAGACAAGAUAAUCCCAUGCUUCCACAGUACCCCUUUCCUCCUCCAGUGUUUGACCUGCAUAAUUUUUCACUUCCCCCACCACCACCGCCACCACCCCCAUCUGUAAACAUGGGUUGGGCUGCACCUAACCUGACGCCUCAUCCAAUGCUCAACUUACCGUACUCCCUGCCCCCGCCCCCACCCCCGCCCCCGCUGCCUCCUCCACCCUCAUCUGCAGAUAGCAGUGCUCCUCAUUUUGGAUCUUACUAUUAGCUGAUUGUAUGCAUUUGCAGAGAAAUGUGGACUGUUCAUAGUAUAUGGUAGGAUAUUUUAUUUUUUAAGAAAAGAAAAGUGAUUAUGGAGCUAGAUUUUUAGAAAAACUGUAAAAUACUGAAUAAUUCCUUCAGUUGUAGGUUGCUAUAUUUGUAACCUUUGUGAAAUUGUAUUCAUAUGAAAAUUUUUGCUCAAAUUCUUGGAAAAAUCCAAUUAUAUAGUAUUCAAUUAAAACCUUCGAGCUAUGUCUUCCUCCACCCUGUCAAGCAGUAUAUAUAGUACAGGUUGAGCAUCGCUAAUCUGAAAAUCCAGAAUGCUCUCAGAUCUGAAACCUUAAGCAUUGACAGGAAGCUACAAAUGGAAAAUUGUACACCUGUCCUGUGAUGAUGGAUCAUGGUCAGAAUGCUAGGCAUAUUAAAAAGUAGCCUUCAGCUUGCGUGUAUAAAGUAUUUAUUAAGCAUAAAUGAAUUUUGUGUCGAGUUGGGUCCUCACCACGGUAUCUCAUUAUCCAAAAUCAAAUUCCCAAAUCUGAAAUUCUUUUGAUUCUAAGCAUUUCAGGUAACAGGUACUCAACCAGUAGUGGAUGUAGAACAGAUUUCAUUAUGGAUUAAAAUACACUAAAUGCACUAAUGUCUUCUUGGUAGAAUCUGAAAAUGAAAUGCUAAAGCCCUAUUCAAAGUCUUUAAAAUAAACUGUUUUUAUGAAGUUUGGGAUUUGAUUUUGAGUAUAAAUGUACCUUAGCAGUAAAUUUUAAUGAUUUUUUUUUUCCUUCAAAACAAGUACAAAGUGUAAAAGAGGAGAGCCUUAAGAACUGGCAGAAGCUCUAUGAAGUUAAUGUUACUUACAUUCAGGCAAGCUUCUGUUGUUUCUAUCAUUUGAAUACUCUUUAGAAGGUUAUACUAUUUAAGUUUCACAAGAAGAUAUAUUGAGGGAUAUGUCUUCCAUAAAGUGUCCUAGAUUCUUAUAUACUUGUCAUAAAUUAGAUACUUAAUAAAUAUUUAUUGAAUAACAAUUUAACAUUUUUAAUGAAAUGAACUGUGAUUUUUAUAUAAAGUGUAAAUGUAAGGGGAAUUCUCCCCUUUGCUAGUUUUCCCCAAAUGUCCUUGACAACUGGAGCAGGGCUAAGCCAAAGAUGAAACCCAGGAUGUCACUGCAGGUCACUUGGGCCAUCACUGUUUCCUCCCAGCGUCUGCAUUAGCAGGAAGGUAGAAUCAGGAGCCAGAGCCUAGCAUCAGACUCAGCACUUCAAUGGAGAAUGUGAGUGUCUUAACCCCAGGGUUGUCUCCCCAAAAUUUUUAAAAGCACUAAAGUAAAACCUAAAAGCCUUUUUUUUUUUUUAAAGAGUGGAAAAAAUAUAGUAAACUAUCAAGCAGUGGUAAUCACCAUGACAUUAAAAAAAAAAAUCUUUUUCAAAAUUUUUGCCUGAGGUACUAAUAGUAAAUAUAUUUAAUUUUUUUAAAAAAUUUAAAAAUAAAUUUUAACAGACAUAAAAGUUAUACAUUUUUGUGGAGUACUAGGUGAUAUUUCAUAGCAUGUAUACUUUAUAUAAUGUCCAGUCAGCAUAACAGUGAAUAUUCACUAUCCAAAGGAACAUAAAGCUUAAUUAUGUUCUUUGACUCUUACUUUCAAUUAAGUUGGUGUCUUAACCACUUAGGUCCAAUUUUUGCCUUCUUGCCUAUGUUUAAUUCAGGGCUUUGAAACUUCGAAACUUCUAGAAAUCAUCUGGGUAAGUUUUUUUCUUAAUAAACACUCUUGGAGUUUAUUGCUAGAGUUUAAUUACGUAGGUCUGAGACAAAUCCUAGAGAACUAUUUUUUGUCAGUACCCUGGCAGUUAAUUUUAGGAAUUUUGUUCUGCACAUAUAUUUUAGGACAAAUACAUUACUCUUAAUUUCUUGGCCAUUCACUUUGGAAACUCAGGGGAAUUCUUUUGGUGGUAGCAGUGAGGAUAUCCAAAUUGGUGACAAGGGAAAAAUAAAACCAGCUACUUAAAUCAGCAUCUUCCUUGGUCCUCAGAGGCGUGCUUUGUCAAUCCCAUUCACCUUGGAAUUCAGGAGGACUCAGCUGCUGGAAUGUUUGUUGUAUUCCUUUCAAAAUCCAUGUGUUGAAAGUUAAUUACUGUCAUGGUAUUAAGUGGUAGGGCCUGUUGGGAAGUGAUUACCUCCCUAACAAGGUGCCAUGUUGUAAGCAGACAGAAGCCUUCAUCAAUAAUAGACCUGUUGGCAUCUCAGUCUUGAACUUCGUAGCCUCCAGAGCUGUGGGAAGUAAAUUUUUAUUUUUUAUAAAGGACGCAAGUGAAUGAGGGCACCAACUGUCAUAUUUGGAAGAGCAAAAUAAUAAAUUGUCAUCAUUCCCACCUUAAUCUUAGUGUUCCUUUUAAGAAAUCAUGUGGCUCUAGAUCCUGGUAUAAAAGUAAAUACUUACAAUGUUUGACUCACACAGUUUCUUAAUUCAGAUAGAAAAUUCUUUAUUAUUAGCCUUUUCCUGUAAUAAAUUAAGAUAGGUUGAUAUUAACACAGUUGCAAAUGGCUAAUGGCUUUGCAUGUUGGUAGUUGCAAAUGUGUUAGAAUGUUCUAAGUAAGGCCGGCGCCACGGCUCACUUGGCUAAUCCUCCGCCUACAGUGCCGGCAUCCCGGGUUCUGGUCCCGGUUGAGGUGUCAGUUCUGUCCUGGUUGCUCCUCUUCACCAGUCCAGCUCUCUGCUGUGGGCUGGAAAGGCAGUGGAAGAUGGCCCAGGUGCUUGGGCCCUGCACCUGCAUGGGAGACCAGGAGGAGGCACCUGGCUCCUGGCUUCGGGUCGACACAACACCUGCUGUAGCGGCCAUUUAGGGGGUGAACCAACAAAAAGGAAGACCUUUCUCCCUGUAUCUCUCUCUAACUCUACCUAUUAAAAAAAAAUGUUUUAAGUAGAAUUCAGUGCCUAAGCUAAUACAUUUGUUAGAUAAGUCCUUAAAAUAAGUCUGCGAUUACUGGGUGACAUGAAAAAUAGAUAACUGAAAACUGAGUUGAGAGUCCAGUGGAGACCUAGAAUAGAAUGCAGUUUCAGAACUUAGCAAAGGACAUGUCUUAGUUCAUACUACUAUUCCAGAAUGCCACAGACUGCAUAAUUUGGAAUGAACAGAAAUCAAAUGGCUUACUGUUCUAAAAUCUAGGAAGUCAGUAUCACGGUGCUGACGUCUGUGAGGGCUUUCUUGUUGCAUCAUUACAAGGCAAAGGAGAAAGGGCCAAAGACAGCCUGAAGGCACCCUUUUAUGACAGCAUCAAUCCCAUUCAUUCAUGAGGGUAGAGCCCUCGUAUAAUCACGUUUUAAAUGUUCCCACCUGAAUACUGUUACCAUGGCAAUUAAAUUUCAAUGAAGAAUUUUUAGCAGACAUUCAACCGUAGUUGGAUAUUUCUUAAAAGCAAUAUAGUUAAGUAAUGCAAUGCCAAAAAUGUUACCAUCACUAUGAUGCUUGGUGAUUAGCAAUAGACCCUAACUUGUCAGUAUUAAUGGGAAACAGAGGAUAUAAGUAGCAAGUGAUGACAUGGCACCUGAAUGCAGAAGUCUUAUGUGUACCCACACUGUGAUUUGUCAAUUCCCUUGUCUCCUUUUUUUGCUGCUUUUGGUUGCUUAGAGAUGGUGAACACCAAGUACAUUUUAAAAAGUACAGGUUAAGGGCAGGUGUUGUGGCACAGUGGGUUAAUCUGCUGCUUGUGACACUGGCACCCCAUGUUGGAGCACCAGUUCUAUUCCCAGCUACUCCACCUCCAAUCCAGCUUCCUUCUAAUGUGCCUGGGAAGGCAAUGGAAGGUGGCCUGAUUGUCUGGGCCCUACCACCCAUGCAGAGACUAGGAUGAAGUUCCAGGUCCCUGGCUUUUUCUGGCCCAUAGCUGGGCUGUUGUGGCCAUUUUGAGAGUAAGAAGAUAUUUCUUUCUCUUCCUUCAUCUUCAUCUCUCUCUUUGACACCCUACCUUUCAAAAAUAAAUAAAUAAAGAAUUCUUUCAUUUAAUGAAUAAGAAAUAUAAUCUGAGUUCUUGAGCUGUAAUUUUCAAGUAUUUGAUCAAUAUGAAGAAGUAUUAUAUAAAAUACUAGGAGCUUGACAAUAUUCUAAUUACAGGGGAUAUAUGUUUCUUACAUUUUUCUCUCAAUAACGUCUGGCAUUUAGAUUGAUACAUAUUCAUUAAAAGUUUUUAAAUAACAUGGAUUUUUUUGUUUGUUUGAGAGGCAGAGAGCUCCCAACUCCUAUCUGCUGGUUUACUGCUCUAUAACCACAACAGCUGGGACUGAGCCCAGAUGAAUUUGGGACCUUGGAGCUCAAUCCAGGUCUCCCACAUAGGAAACUAUGUGAACUCUUAGUGCUGCUCUCAGGGUCAGCAUCAGCAAAAAAUGAGUCAGGAACUGGAGGCAGGUGUUGAAACCAGGCACUUUGUUAUAGGAUACUGGCAUCUCAACCAGCCUCUUAACCACUUGGCCAAAUGCCUACCCCAAAGCAAUAUGUUUAACUGCAUUUAAUGGUUCCUACUAGACCUUGUAGUCAACAGCCCAUUAAGUUCUCCAGUAGAAAAAGCAGUCUCUUUCAUGUCUGGGUGAUUUAUAAGAAAAAGAAGAAAAAUUCUUUGUGUCCUCACUUUUUUCCAGCCUGUUUGUCCAAGGUACCUAAGAUAGGCUUGAGACAAAAAAAAAAAAAAAAUGUGUUUUAAUUUAUUUGAAAGGUAGAGUGAUAGAGAAGGAGAGAGAGAGAGAGAGAGAGAGAGAGAGAGAGAGAGAGAGAGAGAGAGAGAGAAAUGCCUUCCAUCCUCUGGUUCACUCCCCAGAUGCCUGCAACAACCAGGGCUGGGUUAGGCCAAAACUGGAAGUCAUGGUCUCCAUCCCAGUUUCCCAUGUGGGUGGAAGGCAGCCAUGCAUUUGAGCCAUCAUCUGCUGCCUUCCCUGGCAGCCGAGUCAGCCACUCCCAACAUAGGAUGUGGAUGUCCCAAGCAGCAGCUUGAUCCACCUGCUGUACGACACCUGCCUUGGAAAAUUCUUAGGACACUCUCUCCACAUGUUCAGGGUGUUUAGAACUUUUAGAAAUGAACAGUCAUGUGCUACUGUAAUUGAAUCCUAUGGAAAGUAAAUUAGUGUAUUGUUAAAUGCUAAAUCCUUCCUUAUUUAAAAAAGGAAACUAGAUAAAACAUUUAGAGAGAAUUUGUUCACACAGUAUGCAUUUAUAAAAUCUUUUGUUCUAAUGUUGCAUAUUUGACACUGAUGAUAAGCUCUGAACCAUAAAGACAAAAAAUAAAUUCAGUAGAAUGCAAGCUGAGAAAUAUUAGAAAAAUAAAGAAUUGUGUUCAAGAAUUCAUUAUCAGAUAUUGUUGCAGUUACACUGUGAUUUAAUACUUUGAUGCUAAAAAGAAAUUCUCACGUUUGCAUUCUUUUCUGCAGAUAAAUUGCCAUAAUCCAAAAGUGUAUCUUUGCUUCUCAGAUUGUGACUAAUCUGAUCUUAAUUUUAUAUGGUUGUAGAUUAUGAUCAGAAAACCAAGGAAACAAUCUAAUGUGGCUGAAAUUAAAGUUGAGAAAUAUCUCCUUAAUAAUAUCUGUCAGGCCAAUGUACUUGUUUUGAGCUUAGCAGCAAUGAAAUUAUUACACCUCAUUUUUGACUGCACUAAAUACCUAAAUUGUUAUCAUUAGUGGAUUAGACAUGAACAGUUAGUAUCCUGGAAACGAAGUAUAAAUUUGUGUAUCAAUGAUAAAGUAUUUAAUAAUGAAAUAGGCAAUGAAGAGAAAUACAAAUAUAUUCUUGUGCACAUGGAAUAUUAAAAAGUAUAUAUUUAUGAAAUGUAUAUUUUAUCUACUUGUCCGUCUAUGUACAAAUGUAUACAUUUGAAGGCUGGUACAAAAGUCUGAUUGUUAUGCAUAUUUUAGUUGUUUAGUGCCUUUCAUUUCUAGCCAUACAAGGUUGAUGCAGUAGAAUAAAUUUUAUGUUGUUACCUUGUAGUUAGUCAUAUUAAUGCAUCCCCCAAACAGAACAAACUGACCUUGUUUAUGUGGUAAAAGCUUUUUAUUUAUAUUGAGGCUAGAUGGGCCAAACAUUGUUUCUAACAACAGGUAUGACCCAAAUAAUAAUAUGAUGGGACAAAUACAAAGGGAUAGAAUCUAUUAACUCAGAAUUCCUAUUAAAAUGUGAUAAAUA